AUGCCAUUUCACUCUCAUCAAGUAAGUACACGUCUGAAACUGGAAGAAUCGGUGGAGACCUCUUUCAUAUGUAGAGAGAAACAUCACGAGAAUGAGCCUCUCAACUAUUAUUGUCAGAAAUGCAAAAUUUGCAUUUGCGACAGGUGUGGACAAACACGUCAUGCAAAUCACACCAAGGUGGAUAUCAAGAAAGCCGCCGAAGAACAGAAAGAACAGAUGGCGGAGAUUGUGCAGGAAGUGAAAGUAGAGAUUGCUGAGCACAUGACUCAAAUGGAGAAAACAAGAGAAAUGUUGAAGAAAAACGGAGAGAAAAUUGCUGCUGCUCAUAUCAAAGUGGUUACCACUGUUGAAGAAAUCAUUAGAAUGUUAAAGGAGCACGAGAUCGCCAUGGUGGCCAAGUUAGAUGUUAUUGAAAACGAACAGCAAAGAGAUUGCUCAGCACAAUUAGAACACUCUCAGAUGUCUGCCACACAACUGAAAACGUCUGUGGAAAGUUGCGAAAGAAUUUUACAAGGAAACAGCAGUGUCGAAGUUCUUGACGAACAACAGGGGGUCAUUGAAAGGUGUGAAGGUCUCCUAAAUGCGAAGAAAAUGAACAUUUAUAAACCAUCGCAUGUUCAAUACAAGACAAAUCAAGAGGAUAUCCAGAAUGUUAGACGCGCGUUUCUGGGUGAAGUUGUUGUUUGUACAACUGAUCCUCUACAAUCAGUGGCGGAAGGGAAAGGCUUGAAAGACGCAGAAGCAGGAGGAGAAGCUAACCUAACAAUCACAACAAAGAAUGCAGAGGGAAAGCAGUGUUACCAUGAAAUAAAUCAGAUUGUUGUAAGAGUUCGCCCUCCGUCAGGACAGGACCUCGACACCAACAUUGCAGACAACGAAGAUGGUAAAUAUAGCGUCACCUACACACCCGAAUGUGACGGGCAUCUUGAAUUGGUGAUUGAAGUUAAUGGACAACCGCUGAUUGGUAGUCCAUGGAGUAUUCACGUGAAGCCGCGUCAAUACCAUGUCGUAUGUUCUUUUGGAUCACGUGGCAUAGCAACAGCGCAAUUUGAUAAUCCCUUCGACAUUGCAAUAAUUGCCAAUACAGGGAACAUUGUAGUUGCUGAUGCUUAUAAUAAAAGAGUACAACUUUUUAACUCAGAUGGAAUUUAUUUUAGAGAGUAUGGUCAGAAAGGACUUGACCCCAAAAAACUUGAUUGUCCCGCGUCAGUAGCAUUUAACAGCGUGUUGGUGUGUGACCGUGGUGACAACAUGGUCAAAGUCCUCGAGCUCUCCCCUGACGGUACAGAUUUGUUGCAGUCCUUCAGAGACCAAGGCUGUGUUGAAUCCCCGUGUUUAGCUUUUCGUCAUCAAGACAUAUUCUAUGUCUCCUAUGGCAAGGCUAAAUGCGUCAAAGUGUCUGCAAACCGGUUGGAACUGUUGGAACUGAGCUCCACGAUAAAAUUUUCGCCACCAUUCCGAAGAAUUAUUGGAAUAUCAAAUGUCUCGGUGUUGUGUCCAGCCAAGAUUGUGCAAACGGGCUUUGUGGACCGUGACGAAGUUGAAUCUAUGCUGGCCCUCAAAAAAGUUAAGAACUGCCUAAGUACUUGCGAUAACUCAAGUGCUUCUACGGGUCGAUUAUCUUUAAAAAGUCGACCGAAUCCAUUGACAGUUUUAACUGUAAGUUUGUUGACCUUUGACGCGUGA